AUGAAACUGCCCAAGAGGUCCAAGAACUCUGCGUUCUCUGGGCAGCACCUGGAGAAGAAGGUGCAGGUCCCCUCAUGGCAGGUGGUAAAGCAGACCCCUGUGAUCAUGACGAUGCUCAAAGGUCCAGGGCCUGCCAAAUACCUGCGGCCGUCCUGCAUAGGCCACGUGGGCCAUGACAGCUCCAUGUUCCGGGAGCCAGCCUGCAGCCUGCACACGCGGCACGCGGAGAAGCGGAUCGCAGACAUAUGCAGCCCUGGGCCUUGUUAUUUCUUCGAUCCUAAAAUAACUCGGUUUGGAAUGUCCAGCUGCCCGCAGGUGCCCAUGGAGGAACGCAUCUCUAACCUGUGCCUGAGCUCCACCCCAGCCUCCUGCCACUACUGCUUGGAGAAGACCCACCCUCCCGGGGAACGCAGGGCUCCACAGUACACUUUUGGCUACCGGUGUCCAUACAGAGUGAUGGACCCCAAUCCGGCCCCCAACUGCUACUAUCUGCCAGGUUUGCUGGGGCCAAACAUCCCCAUCGGCCGAGCUGCUCCUUGUUAUAGUUUGGCUUCCACAGACAAGAACUGGUUCUACAAGAAGAACGUGGCAGGAGGUCCUGGGCCAGCCAUGUAUACCCGACCUGAGCCAUCUGUCUACCAGAACCGCAGCCCCAUCUACAGCAUGGCCAAGCGCUUUGCCUACCCAAUACACCACACACCUCAGCCUGGCCCAGGUUCCCAUGAUGUCCAGCAGGUCACGGUACACAAGCCCUGCACACCUGCUUUCACCAUGGGUGUCAAACACUCACCCCACCUCUGCCCACUGGUCAUUGAUAUUCAUGACUAA